AUGUCCCAGGUUGUCAUUGUAGAGCAAUCAUGGUCCAUCAUUGCCAAUCAGUGGGAUGGUUGUCUGCUUCUCUAUCUGUUCCUUGCCACUUCAGGAUUGAGAACCGUUGAGCCAUUGUCAGCUCAGUACGUCAGUGUUUGCAGAUGUCGGGGAGGAGCAGGCAAGAGGCCGCUCGCACAAGACGAUGGCAUAGCCCAGACACCGAAGAAAGCAGCAUUGACAAGAUGGAAAUUCGCGGAUCAUCAUGGAGAGGAACAUCAAAAUGUCAAGUACAGGGGUGUAUCAAAAUCAAAAGAUGGUUAUUCAGCAAAGUCCUUGAGAAAGACCAUUGGUGUAUACUCCACGGCAAAGAUUGCCGCCUUAGCCUAUGACAUGUCGGCUCUUGUGAAUCAUAGGGCAUCACCGGGAUCGAGAUUCCCUACGUUGAAUUUUGAAGAUUCGCCUGUCUUCUUUCAGCAUGAAGUUGACAACGGCAGGGACCCUGUUGCGAGGGUGUACUCCAUUGCUGCCGACAUGUUGUCAGCAAGUACCCAAGACACCAAGGCGAAUGGGUUUCACCAACAAUCUGUUGAAAUGCAUGAGCCCAUAACAAUGCAAGAGGACAGGAGCUAUCACGAGAAUGAAGUCUUGACGUCUCAGUAUUCCCAAACUGAGAUCGAGACAGUGAAGCCUGAAAAGUUGGUGCUGAUGGAGAAGAAAUCCGAGGCUACCCUGAGCACCUCCACUGUUCGACAGCUCAAGAUGCAAUCCAAAGCGAUUGACCAGAUGCCUGAUGCAGACUUGGGCUGGCGCAUCAAGCCAGACAAGCCAAAAAAAAUCACAAAUUUGAACUUGAUCCGGGUUAGGGAAAAACCCCAAAACAACUGUAUUCUACUAAGGUUGAAUGAAGACAACACCUCGAAGACCACCAGAAGAGUAUGGAAACGAUAUGGUUCAUCAAUGAAGAGUCUGAAUCACGUGGACAAGCAAAUGAUCUACAUCUCAAAAAGAACCAUGGAUUUUUGCCCCUACUGUCCAGGACCUGUGGUUCAUGACGAUGGCACAAAUUCCUACGGCAAUCCUCUCCACUGCUCAUACGAACUUGAUCAUCGAAUGACGGCUGCUGCAUACCUGAGAGAGGGCGUCGAGAGAGGUUACGACCUUGGCAAGUGGAAGGAGAUUAGGCACAAGGUUCGAACAUGCAAGCACUGCUUCUCGAGGCCGAUGUUCGUCGAGGCAGACAUUUUUGCCAACCAUGAGGCUCUCUGGUACAGGCAAAUUUGCAGCGCUUGCAAAAUUCCCACCAAUGGCUUCUCUUGGACUCAAGUUCAAGAGCACUUGAAGUGUUACACUUCCCAGAGUGAGCUCAACGAGAGGAGAGAUCAGGAAUAUGUUGAGCUGUUCCAGAAAUACUUCAAUGUCUCAUCAACCACAAAGGAAACUGCACUGCUGGAACGAUACCACCUCAAGCUCCCGCCACCAGGCACUCCAUUCUGCAGCAGACAUUACGAGAAGAUGAAUAAUGAGCACAAGGAGAUCCUGUAUACAAUCAUGAUCGCGGAAGACUAUGUGAAGGCAACGUUCCAGGGCAAAGUCUACUACUUCAAACAAGAUACUAGUACUUUUGAAUCCGAGGAGACCCUCUUGGAGAAGUACCGCAAGAUUGCCAGGGGGGAGAUUGAACCGCCGAACGACUGCAAGAUCCCUUUCGUUCGUGCGACGAUGCAGCCGAACCUGAACCCGGAGAAAUAUCACGCCGAGAACCUCUACCUUGCCAGUAUCCUCAGCAACCAGAAGCAUCUGAACGUAUCGGACUUGGACACUGUCAUCAUGGAACAGGAUCAGCGGGUGGCCAUCUACCAGAAGGUCAUAUUGGCCUUAGUAGAGCAGACGGUCGGCGGAAUCUGCCCUGAGAUCAGAGCCUUCGGUCGAGAGUCAACCCGAGAGCUGGCCAAGAGAUGGUCGCCGACGGGGAUGGAGUUGCACUACGACGCCGCAGCACAGUCGGAGGAGAUAUCAGAGGUCUCCUACAGAGAGUAUGAAUUUGAGACAGGCAGCAGCGGUGAGGACGAUGAUGAUUCGACGAUAAGUACUUCAGACAUAGAGUCCCAGCCCGAUGCAGACUUUGAAGUCCCUUCCCUUGUGCCCGGUUACUAA